CCCAUGUUUCUUAUGUGUUUGUUAUCUCUUGUAGAUGGGGGUAUCACCUUAGCGGCGCUUCGAGCUAAGGCGAAUGGGUCGUCAAAGAAGGCGUCGAAGAAGGUUCCCUCUAUGUUGGGAGGUUCUUCAAAUGGUUUGCCUCGUGAGGAGGUCCAUGUAGAAAGUCCUCGAGUAGUCGCAGAUGACCGUAGCAGUGCUGGUGAAGUGGAGGGGCGUCCACCGACGAGGGAUCGUGGCAAGGGAAAGAGGGUGGAUACCGAGUAUGUGGCUGUGCCUAAGCGUCCACGGGUAGAAGCAGAGGAGACUUAUGCUUUCCAUGGUGGGGGUGGGAAACAAUUGUUUACCUAUGGUGUGAAUCGCGACGGUAAGGAGUCGUAUUGGGAUGUGUCGGACCAUGAUCUGCCUAUGUUGAGUACCGAGGGAUUCGUUCGGGAGUAUGAUCGUGCUCGGAUGUCUGGUAAGGGCCCUUCUUACAUGUUGGAGUUAGCCGGUGGGGACAUAUGUCGGGUGAGUCUUUGUUUAUUUAAAACAAGAUUAGAUGUUACUCCCUCUCUUCCUUGUGUAAUUUUUUUUGUUUUUAGUUGGUAGCGACUUGGAGAUAUCUCGUGGAGCACGGUAGGAAUGUGGAAGCUAGGAAGGAAGAUGAUCGGGCUCGAAGUCAAGCGCGUGAAGAUGAGCUUCUAAGCCAGUUGGAGGAAGCGCGGUCCGAUCUUGCUCUACGCUCUGAAGAGCUUGCUCGGGGGACAGAUGAGCUUGAUGAGAGGACAGAUGAGCUCGAGGUUAUCCGAGGUGAUGCGAAGGCGUAUAAGGAUGAUGUUCAUAAGUUGAACGAAUGCUACGACCAGCUCAAAGAGAAAUAUGAAGUUGAGAAGGCGACGGGGAAGAGGUUCCUCACGACAUCAGGUGGUGUGGCUUAUAGGGAGUCCGUCGUGGAGGAAACCAAGGCUAGCUUUCGAGGUAGUGACGAGUGUGCUGCUAUGAUUGAGGAGCAUGCAUUGGCUGUGGUUUAUAAGCCCUUAGUGCGUGCUUGUCGCAAGUAUCUGAGCGAUGCGGGUGGUAUCAGCGAGAAAGUGAUUCGUGGGAUGGAAGCUGGCAUAUCCGACGAAGAGGAGGAUGAGGUAGAUGUCAAUGGGACGGGCACAGAGCUCGUGAAUGAUAUGGUUGCGGAUGAUUCCACCGUGG